UAUUGGAUCGUCAGGACCGGCGCGCGACUGGCCCGACCGGCUGUGCGCAGAAUUAAAAAAUCAACCGUUGCUGUCUGUUUUCCAAACAUUUACAAAUUAUUUCGUUGUUAAUAUUUUGAAUUGAAUUCACGAAGAAUUCCUGACUGAUCGAGUGUUUAUCAAUUUUCUCAAAACUGCAUGUGGUGAUCAAAAUAAUAAUUAUACAUACAUAAACUGCCAUUCCAGCGUGCAAAGUUCAGGAUCAUGUUGGGAUCUUCGAGUUCUGCAAGUAUGCCAUCCGGCUUGAAUGAUAUGUUUGGCGUGCUAUCAAUGGACGAACCCAUUCGACGGCGAAGCAAAUCCCAACAGCGGCCUGCAAAGGAGCAGAGCAAUGGAAACAAGUCCAGCUCUUUUUUGAACCAGUCUAUCCUGGGACAGUCAUUGAGCAAGUCAUUUAACAAAUCGUUAAACGGCUCAAUAUCUGCCAAAGGAUCAAGGACCCCUGGAAAGAGCACUAAUUCUGCCAACGGAAACACCAGAAAAACACCUUCAAAAGGAGCAGCUAAAUCACCCUCAAAUUUUUCUGCAGAGAGCAAGACACCCACUUGGGGGGACCGAUUCAUACCAAACAGAAGUGCCACAGAUUACGACUUAGCUAAUUACCUUAUAUCUAAGAAAGAUGAGGACGAAGAAAAUGAAUCGAACUCUCAAUCUCAAAGAGACAGAAAAGUGAUGAGUGAGAAUUUAUUUGGAGGAGACGUUUCAAAUAGAAAAGUGAUGCAGUUUGGACAGAAAGCACCAACGUCACUGGGUGGAAACAGCAUGCGUAUGAUUUAUGACAGCGCCAGAACUCCAUCACUCAAAAUAAAAUCAACAACAAGAGUCAUUCCUACAAUGCCAGAGAAAAUUUUGGAUGCUCCAGACAUCAUGGAUGAUUACUAUUUGAACUUGAUUGAUUGGGGAAAGCAUAAUAUUUUGGCCGUUGCCCUGCGAAAUGCUGUUUACCUGUGGAAUGAAGCUACUGGCCAGAUUACUCAACUCAUGGAGCUGACAGGAGCAGAAGAGUUUGUGAGUUCCGUAUCUUGGAUUCAAGAAGGACAAAUUCUAGCCGUGGGAAAUUCCACUGGCGCAGUUCAGCUUUGGGACUGCAACCAGAUCAAACAGGUGCGCACAAUGUGGAGUCACACCAGCCGCGUUGGAUCUCUAUCUUGGAACAUGUUUGUUCUGAGCAGUGGUUCUCGUCUAGGUUCAAUUCAUCACCAUGAUGUCAGAGCGGCAAACUUUUUAGUUGCUGAAUCCAACGCUCACUCUCAGGAAGUGUGUGGGCUCAAGUGGUCACCUGAUGGAAACUUUCUGGCCUCUGGGGCUAAUGAUAAUUUGCUUCAUAUUUGGCCAAGGGCUCCGUCAGACAUGCAUGGGCAGGCAACGCCAAUUCACACAUUCAAUGCUCACCAAGCAGCUGUCAAGGCACUGGCCUGGUGUCCGUGGCAGAAUGGUGUUUUAGCCUCAGGUGGUGGAACUGCUGACAGACACAUACGUUUUUGGAACAUCAGAACUGGCUCCAGCAUAAGCGCCAUCGACACAAAAUCUCAAGUAUGCUCUCUGCUUUGGUCGACAGAGUACAAAGAAAUUGUCUCUGGACAUGGAUACUCUAAUCAUGAAAUCAACGUCUGGAAGUUCCCGACAAUGGACAAGAUUGCUGAACUUACUGGGCACACCCAAAGGGUUUUGACUUUGUGCCUCUCGCCUGAUGGACAAAUGGUUUUGUCUGCUGGAGCAGAUGAGACCAUUCGCCUUUGGAACAUUUUUCCAAAGGACCCCAAGAAGAAGACUGCAACAACCAAUUCUACUAAGGCCGCUAGCAGUGCGCUCGUGGCCCACUUCCGUUAAAAAGUAAGUGUGCUAUAUGUUUAAUUGACCAGACCUUUAAUAAUUAGGUUCUUUUGAACAUACUAAAAUUUUAAAUCUUAUUUUAAAAAGUUUUAGUAUUUAUGUAACUGCGUAAAACAUGAUUUCAUGGAAAAUUCAACAUGUUUAAAAAUAAUUUUUAUUUGUUCAAUAAACUUUCACUUUACAAGCACAAUUUUACAUGAUUAAG